AUGCAUGGCUGGUACACCGAUCCUCAGACUCAUCAGAUCAAGAUGGCCCCAAAACCGGCUUUUAUCUUGAGGAAGGGACUCAACAAUUCCCAGACACCUGACGGCGGUGCCAUCCCAAAUUAUUGCGUCAACGACGGUAGCAAAAUCGAUGUUAUCGACGUUGAAGAGGGUGUAAGAGAGUCCAUGGUGCAAAAUAGCUUCGCCAAAUCGUCAGUUGAUGCGAAAUUGAACGGCGGCUAUUCCAAAGUGAGCAUUGGCAUGAGUGCAAACACUCUCCUGCAGAUGCAGAAAGGACAAGAGAAGGGGAAGACGAAGUCAAACAAGACUUUAGUUGGACAGUACAAGCUUCCCCGAGCCACACUAUUUCUGACCCCUGACGACCUUGAGCCGACUCCUCAACUGAUGAAGGAGCUCAAAAAGGUCGAGAAAGACAACACUCUCGUGAACAUCCGUAAAUUCCAGAUGACAUUUGGUGAAUUCUUCGCACAUGAGGUAACCAUCGGCGGAAUGUUGACUUCAACACAAACUCGAGAAGCGAACGAGCAGACCUUGCAAGAAAAGUCUAAGCAGGAUUUCAAGCGAACUAUUGGCCUCGCAAUUUCCUCGGCAAAUGCUGGGGGCGGCUACACUCGUCAGGAAUCACAGGAUACAGAUCAAAGCAACAGCUAUGGUAGCAGGAACGAUAGUGAGCAGGUGGUGUUCGAAGCCAUUGGCGGCAACACCAUUCUAGCAUCCAGCCCUCAGCGCUGGUGUCAAUCGGUGACUAACCACGAGAAUUGGAGGGUUAUCGAACGAGCCGACUUGAAAAGCAUCGUGGAGUCCAUGGCCGGAUGUGAAGUGUCAGAGCUGGGAGAUGUCGUUAAGCUCUUCUCCAGCGCCAAAUCGGUAGAGCAUAUGUCUGAUCACAUUGACGUCACCUCGAGUGGUGAACUAUUUGCUCAACUUCGAUUGAGAACCAAAGCAGAUGACCAAGAUCAGUACCUCGUUCACGAUGAUUCGGUAGCAGUCCAACUUGACAGUGUUGGUGAACAGGCCAUUGUGCCCAACAGAUUCUCGGGGCCUCAGGUGAUGUCUUACGAUCAUGCCCGUUGGGGAAAGAAUCCCGACUUUGGAAUCUGGACUAUCAAGAAUCGUGACGCGGGUCAUGACGGCAAAUUGUUUUGCUUGACCUUCGAAUUCAAGGACAAUCCGCACGGCUAUCGCGACUUUGUGCGCGAUGCUCGUGGCUUCAGGAACCCGGGUACUUCUGAAGCGUGGAAGAAGCGAUCAUGCUUGCUUCUGGAUGACGAGGUGUUGUCUGAAGGGAAGAUUUCCCGCUCUUUGAAAGUGAACGGGUGUGAAUUCGGUGUAAGCAUUGCAUCGUUUUGGAUUGACCAGCUUGCAUCGGAUGGUACCGAUGAGGAUGAUGACCGUUUGUUGGAACCAUUUCCCAAGGUGGAAGAGCCUUAA